AUGUAUUCAAACAAUCAAGCAACCCCCUUCAAGGUGAUCAUCAUUGGCGGCGGUAUAUCUGGCCUUACAUUAGCAAAUGCCUUAAAGAACAAGAAAAUCGCAUUUGAAGUCUUUGAGCGAGAUAGCGAUUCUAAUUGCCGUGGCCAAGGAUGGUCUAUCACUCUCCACACUGGUCUUGACUCUUUGCAUCAGUGCAUUCCUGCACAUCGAUUUGAGAACUUUGGUCAUGAAAACUGCGUCAAUCACGAAGCAAACGAAAGCGGACUCAAAGUGCGCUUCAUUGAUGGUCGUAGUGGCAAGGAUGGAAUGUUGUUCUAUUUGAAAGAGGCCUAUCGCGUCAAGCGUGUUCGCUUUAGAAAAUGGCUUUUGAAAGACGUUGAAGAACAUGUACAUUGGAGCAAGAAGAUGGUUCGUUAUGAAGAGCAUGAUGAUGGCGUAAAAGUAUUUUUUGAAGAUGGUACAUGUGCCGAGGGCGAUCUAUUGAUAGCUGCAGACGGGUCCAUGUCUCCUAUUGCUCAUCAACUCUUAAAAAGCAAAUUUGAUGAAUUAACGAAUCUUCUUCCAUUGAAUUGCUAUGGGGCUUGUCGCUGGAUUACUGAAGAGGAAUGGAACAGGAUUUUCAUCAGCCCCAAACAGCAUGCAACCAUUAAUGGUACCAUACCCGAUCAAACAGUUGACGGUGUUGUUAACAUGGUGUAUACGCUGAACAAGAUUGAUAGAAGCCAGCCUGCCACGCCUUAUGAGAUUGCUUGUAUGGUCAAGUCAUGGGCUGCAACUUGCUUUCCUGGAUCCCCUGUUCAUCAACAGUUUGUACUUGAUACGCCAGACGACACGCCGAUUACUGGAGUUAAAAUUAGAGAGAGAAAGCCUGAUUAUGAUUUACUUGUCAAUGCUAGCCACCGAGUUGUACUUGUAGGCGAUGCUGCUCAUCCAAUGUCAAUGUUUCGAGGUGAAGGCGCCAAUCAUGCGAUUAUAGACGUGGCUCAGUUGGCUGAACAAAUUGGAGCUGUUGUAGCUGGCACCAAAUCAUUAGACAAAGCUGUUGAAGACUAUUACAAGGAAAUGGUACCUCGAGGACAAAAGGCUGUUUCAGAAUCUCAUGUAGCCGCUGAAAUGGUCCAUACACAACCGGAAGGGUUGGCUGAUCUGUAUAAAUCUAUGAUGGCUCGUUUUAGUAAAAAGUAA